UACAGUUUCUGAUAAAUCCUUCUUUGUUUACUUUGUAGAUUUGACAAAAUAGUUUGAACCUUUUCAACGUUUUCUUUCCCUUGCAUGUGACAACAAUGUAUCGCCCUGAGAAAUGUACUUUGGAUUCUGUAAUGCUGUCUAGCUUUUGUCUAGCUUUUGAGGUACAGAUAAGCGACAGAUCUCCAGAUUAUGGUUUCUGUUUGACUUUAGCAUUCCUUCUUUUAGGCUUCCAUAAAUACAAAACCUUCCCAGAACCCUGUAAACGGGUUGAGGCUUGUUCAUGUAACAUUCUUAGAGUUGAAGGGAUAAAUUAGUCUUCAAUUAUUGAAACAGCUGAAUUUCCUUCCUUAUUUCUAGUGACGGGUAGUAGCAGGUAUCUACAUGUAGUGAUGUUAAGAGGCGUGGUGAAACAACAGAGGUAGGUCACAGGGAAUUUUUUUUAAUCCUACAUCACCGCCUUACCUGUGCAGAUUUCCUCACUGUGAGCCUUGCUCACUUUCCUUUUGCAUUCAGCAACGACUUGAGGGACAAAACUGGAACCUUUUCAGAGAUGAAUUUAUACAGGAGCUUUAGUAACCUUAUGGAGGCUUAUGUAUAUGAGGAGAGAACUCGUCCGGAGUCCCAGUGGCGACGGGAUAAUGCUGAUGGGCCUCAUGCACCUGUCUCCAACAUCGCAGUAAACCCACGCUCAGAAUCUGUGGACUCUGGAGUGGAGUCGGCCAGCUGUGAAACACCAAAUCCUGCCACAGCUGGUUCUUUGUCAACAGACAACACUGAAAUGGAUUUAUUCCUCCUACAAAGUGACAAUUUCGCUCCUGCUUCAACGCCUCAGCCACCUUUUCUCUUGUCUACUUUGUCUUCCUCGUCGCCUUCCUCUCCAAACCUGCAUCUCAGCAGAGCAGAAGAGGCCCCGACAACCUUGAACCUAAAAGAAGAACCAGAACUACAAAGGGCUGACUCCAAGAGGUGGAAGCAAGUCUAUGAGGUGCUCAGCCAACAGCCUAAAACGUCUUCCCUGCCCAAACAACACACAUCUGAGUUAAAAAGGUGUAUAAGGUCAGCGAGUUUUAAUUUGAGGAGGAGGUUCGAUCCGACUGUCCCCAAUGGGCAAAUGUCAGAAACGGAGAGAAAAUCAUUUUUAGCAGGCUCUGUCGAGCAGAUCUCACAGAGCUCUGUUGUUUUUGAGGGAAAGGAACUCAGUCCAGGUCUAUGCUACUUGGAAUGGGUCUGUCAAAAGAUGGAGCUGUAUGCCAAACAUCAAAUGCAAAACCAAGCAAUGCAGGCCAAGACAGAUACUCCCCAGGAACAUGAAGAGCAAAAGCAUGAUGCAGCAGAUGCUCAGAAGGAGCACCCCAGGCUUGAAAAUGCACAGGAGAUUUCCAAUGAACCUAAUGCACAGGAGAUUUCCAAUGAACCUCAGCAGCAAAGACCUCGCCAUUUCCGACAGAGAUCAGCCUCGGACACAACGUUUUCAAAGAUGCAUUUAAAAAAGUUUAACUUAAGCUCCAGAGGGAAGCGACAGAGUACGAGUGAUCUACGAGAGAUAGAGGAGGAAGACGUUUUGCCGAUGGAAGCCGUAAAAGAAGAAUCAAGAAAGAAAAAUAUAAUCCAGAGGCUAAAACUUGGGUCUUUGAGAAGAGUGGCGUCUGCUGUAUCAGACAGUAGGAGCACACAGACGCAGUCUUCAGAGAAAAUCACAACCCGCCGACGGCUGAGCCAACUGUUCAGGAGGACAAGAAAAGUGUCACCUGAUUGAAUUAACAGUGUUGGUUUCCACUAGCUAAUAUUUUGGGGGUUUUAGAGAAAACAGCCUCACCAUUGAUGCUGCUUUGUAAAUGACUUCCUAACCUUUCAUUAUUCAGCAAAAUAACAUGUUUUGCAUUAGGCAUUUUUGUUUACUCAUAGAUAAAGUUGAAUGCAUUACCUUUUAUAUUGUUAUUUUCAAAAUAUAAAAAAUAUACUGUUGUAUAGUUAUUUUUUUACAUUCAAAGCUGUGGGAUUUAUAGAAUAAUGUUCAUUAACACUACUGUUUAUUCUGUGAAAUAAAAAUAUCUUUGCCCACAACAUAAAGUGUUAAGAUUGUUAAACCACAUGUAUGUUAGUAUUAAAUAGUGGGGGGAUAACUUAAAUUGCUAAGCAGAUUACUCGUUUUUAGCAGUGAGAUAAAAAAAAAAACAGAAAUCAAGAUGGGGUUGUGAGAACGCCACAAAAUGGCAGUUAGCAGGAAAUGUCAGGAUAUGUACUUUCAUUAUUAAUUUACAGCCUUUGUACUGAGUAGAAACCAAAGAGAAUAUGCUUAAAAAUGACAUGUAGGAAGGUUUCCUUCUGUAAAUCCUUGUAGUUAACCUUGAAUUAUACAGUUUUCUUAAUGUUUAAUAUUAGAAACAGGUAUUAUCUCAUAAAGAAAUUUGAUAUUAGUAAACAUGGCAGCAUUACCUUGCAGGUUCAAAUCCUAGUCUGGGGUUUUGCUAUAUAGAGUUUGCAUGUUUUCCCUGUUCAGGCAUGAAUUCUAUCUGGGUACUUCUGCUUCCUCCCAGAGUCCAAAAACAGGUUAUGUUUGUUUGGUUAAAAGGUUCCUCUAAUCUGUCAUUAAGUAUGAGGGUGUGCAUGCAUUGUUGUUUGUUUUGUUUGUCUCUGUGUUGUCCUGUGAACGGCUGACUACCAGGGUGUUCACCAUCUCUCCUCCAAUAACUGCUGGGUAUAGGCAACCGCCUAUCUUCAGUUGUCUGUAAAUAUUAGCAGGAAUUGACAGUGAAUGAAUGUACAAUGCCAUCUUCUUAAACCAAAAUAAUAAAAUGCCUCCAACGUCAGAGAAGGUUAAAGCAUUGGCAAAAACCUCCUGCGGGAGACAACUAUUUUUUGUGCGCGAAGAAAUAAAGUACAAAACAAUGAAAGCUGUGAUAGUAUCAAUGGAGGAGAAAAAUGACAAUCACCCAAAUAUAAUUCAUUGACUUGAAUGAGUUAAAUUCAGUGUCAUAAAAUCAACCAAAACCAUUUGUUGUCCAAAUAAGCCAUACUUCCUAUUUGACUUUGAUUAGAAAUAAUCUAGGAAAAUGUAGAUUGAGCUUAUACCACACCAAUCCUGGCAUUAAGUGCAAUUAUUCAGACAUCUGACAAGGAAACCUCUAAUGUCCCUUUUUAGAUUUUCCAGGCUUCUUUCAUUGGAAACAAAGCCACAGGAAAACCCAGAACUUGCUGGGAGGAAAUUGGCCUUUCGUCCUAUGAAUGGCUUGAGUUACCUUUGAAGGAGUUGGAAAAUGUUGCAGGUGAUGUUGCAUGGUAGGGUUUCCACUUUAGAGCUCAUAUUUCAGUAAAAGUAACUAAAAAAACAAAGAUCUCAGGAUAGACGGACUAUAGUAAGACAUUUAAGUGGCUCUUUAUGGAUUUACACUUCCUUUAAAAGUCCAUAAGAGUGCAUU